AUGGCAACUCGUGCAGCUGCCUUUUCAUCAAAAGUUCGCACAUUGAAUGAUUUUUAUAACAAUGUUACAAGUGGAGUACCUCCAUCCGGUUUUGAUAUUGCAAACGCUGUCAAAUAUUUUUCACAAGCAUUACUUGGAGUAUUAAAAGAGAUGACAAUUGAACCUAAUCAAGAUCAAUAUUCUGGGAAACAUUCCUAUCGUGUUAGUAAAUAUCCAAGUCUCAAUUAUUCGUCACUAUAUCAUUCACUGAUUAAUUUGAUCGAGAUUGUUCCCUCCAUACAACUUGGUCAAACGUUGUUAGCUCAAUGUAUUUUACAUGCUCUAGCAUGUCUAGCACCAUUUUUACCGUAUGAUCUCUUAGACGCUUUACCAUACACAUUUGCAUCAACACUAUCAACAUUUCCACAAGAUGUACACAAAGAAAUAUUAGAUACACUAUGUCAAACGUUAUUAUCAAUUAACAUGGCGUACACAGAAUAUCCAGAACAUUCUAUGACAACAACAUCGAUUGCAUCUAUUAUUUUUAUUGUACUCGAAAAUAUUGAAAAUCCAAAGCAACCUGAUAUAUUGUUUGUGAUUGCUCAUGGUGCAGCGAGUGCUCGUUCAGCUGCAGCUAAUCUAUUAUUUUUCUAUUGGCCAAUGUUAAACCCAUUGGGAGUAGAUCGACAAUCAUCACAUUUUAGUUUUAAUGCCCGUAAACCCAUUAUUUGUCAAACAGAGCGUUGCAUGGAAAAGAAAAAUAUUGCAUCGAAAGUUUGUGUAAAUGCUAUAUUAUCGAUGCACGGUCACGAUAGUCCUCCACCAUUGUAUAUGUGUACGGAUUGUUACAAGAGUUCACCAAAAGAAAUUCAACAAUAUUGUAGAAAUAUUUUAUUACCAGUAGCCGAAAUUGAUUUACAUUGCCAAAAUAAAUCAUGUAUAUCUGAUAAUAAAUCAGCAUAUGCUGUAUGUUAUUCAAUCGAGUGUUGUCAAACAAAUUUUAAUCAGGCAAUAAGUCUCUGUAGACAAUGUCAUGAAAGACGUCACAUUGACUCAAAUCAUGUUUAUCAAGAAACAAUUCUUGAUAUUUGGAGAUUACCUCCAGAUGCACAAAAUCAUCUUGUUGAAGCUAUUAUUAGUUUAUUAAAAGAAGCUGAUAAUCCUGAAGAACGUCGAAUAUAUGAUACGAUUAAUGAAGAUCGUAAAUCUCUAUUAGUAGAAACAAUAGAACAAAUUACGUCACUGAAUACCGUACAGAAUCCUAUUGUUUAUUCAACUUUUGAUGUUGAUGCUAGUCGAAAACGUUUAAGCCGAUACGGUGUGUAUCUGUUAGUAGGUUUAAUUGAACCGACCUCAUAUGGUCCACCAGAAAUAUUUGGACGUCUGUUAAGUAUGUUAUUUCAAUGGUUUGACUCAAGUGUAUAUUUGCCAGAUGAUGAGAUUGGAAAUACAUUAGGAAAAUUAAAAACACAACAUAUAAUUCCAUGGAGUAAAGCUGUUGUCAAAGAGCAUUAUGAGUUGGUUGUUUCGAUUUUAUUACCUCAUCCAAUGGAUUUUGCCAAAGUUGGUGGUGUAUGGGAAACAAUGGCAAAUCGUCCAACUCAAAUCAAAGAGUGUUUAAAUAAAUUAUUUAAUUUAAUUCCAGCCGAUAUAAUUACUUACGAGGCUCGUUCUAGUCUCAUUUGGGAUUAUAUCAUGCCAUAUUGGAUGGAAGCCAUUCGAUUAGAAGUAUCGGAGACGGAUAUUAUGGAUUUACAACUAUUAUUAAGAAAAAUGUUCGAUCCUGAGAUGUCUCCAUCAUCGUUAACUCGUGAACAAUUAUACAAUUUUAUCACCGAUCGUUUUCAGUCUCCUGCACCGGCUAGUGUUCAAGAGCAAGCGUUACAAUGGUUACAAAUUUUGUGUCAACUAGAAAUUUUUAUUCCUGUUCAAUUACUGAUGCAAAUAUUCAUAACUGGAGUUAAUUCUCUACAAAAAUUAGAAUCACGCGCACAACGACGAGAAGUUUAUACUUCAUCGUCGAACGAACAAUCGUUACGUAAUUCAUUUGAACAAGGUUUAAAUACAGUGCAAGGAAAUGAGACAACGCAAACGAUAGGUCAAACAUCUUCAUUACCAUCAUCCGCCAAACAAUUUCUUGUUUUUGACACAUAUGAAACGUAUCGUGCCCAUCGUCAUCAAUUAAUGUUACAACAAAUGACUGGACAAGAAAUGGUGUCAAUCAUUAAAGAAGAAGAGGAAGAGUUUAUAAUCAAUGAAUCAGAAUUAAAUUCAAAAUGCAGUAUAAUGAUGAUUGAUAUGCUUCUCAAACAGAUGGAACUGCAACUAACUCCUCAACAUCAAGGCAUGUAUAAUCCCUUAUCAAAAGAAAUUUUAUUACUUUUAAAUAAACAACUAAUACUACCAUGGACUCGUCGACAUCAUUGUCGAAAUUUGUCAAGUCAAUGUGCAUUUUGUGAAGAAUAUAUUCUUUGGUUCUCAAUUGCAAAUGAUCUAUUAAAACAUAUAUCGCCAAGAGAUGAAAUUAAAUUACCAGAGUUAGAAGUGCCAAAUGUUAAUGAAUUAAAGCAACAACAACAACAACAGCAACAACAACAAAUGACAAAACCAAAAUUUAAUAUUGAUUCUGCUGGAGAUGGGCCGGGAACAACGGUGAGUAUAUCAUCGUCAAAUGAAGAUGAGCAAACAAAUGGUCAACAAGAUCCAGAUACGCCUGCUAUAGUAUCAUCACCUCCCAUUCAACAACAACAAGUACAAACAUCUUUGGCUCCUGAAUUAAAAGUUGAAAAUAAUCCUGAUGGUGGAGUAUGGAUUACUUCGCAUGGUGUAUUCUAUUUCAAACUCAACACGUUACACAUCCAUCUACAAUUUUUCUAUUCUGCAUUGAAGGAGCUAGACAGAGUUAUCGAUAUUGAUGCCUUGUAUUACUUGCUAUGUUGUUUAAGAUUGCUAAUAUUGAAUGAUGAAUGUUUAGAAACAUCAGCCAAAGAUAAUAGAGGAUUUUUAAUAUAUUGUUUAGAAAGAUUACUUAUACCACAUAUUUGGAAAAUUCUUAGUCUUGGUUACGGUCAUUUAAAUGAAUGUUGUGUUCCAUUAUUGUUACACGCUUUGAGUUAUGAAGCAGGCAAAUCAGCCUUGUGGGCAAUACUUGAUAGAGACUAUACAAGUACACAUUGGAAAGUUCGAUCGUCAGCUGUCACUCGUGUUAUAUCAUUAACCCAAUUAUUAAAACCAAAAUUUGUUAAGAAUAAUUAUAAUGUUUUAUCGGUAUUGGCCUAUUCAUUCAUGAAUCUAAUGGCAUCAAUUGAAGACAUUGAACCGACUGUUAGUCAAAAGGCGAUGUGUUCUCUCGAAACCCUAUCAGAUUGCGCUAUGCGUACCGUUAUGUGUUCACUCGAAUUUCAAUUUGAUACUGUGAUUAGCGAUCGUUCUCUCAUUCUUCAUCGUCUAUCUAAAUUAUAUUCGAUAUUACUUCAACAAAAUAAACAACAAUCCACAACAAAAGGAGUUUUAAAUUGGGAAUUUUUCUUAAAUCGAUUUGAUACACUAUCAUUAGAAUCACAAAUUAGUCUAGAAGAAUCAGGUGAUAUUGUAUCACCACAAUCCAUUGGUGGAUUUAAUACAGAAAGUGAACAUUUUAUUCGAAAAUUAAAUCAAAUUAAAUUUGCCAUGGCUAGAACAGAUAGUAUUAGACCUAUUACAUCAUCAAUAAAAUUACAACAAAAUAAAUCGAUUAGAAUACCCGCGCCAUCAACAACUCAACAAACAAGAGAAACACAAUCAUCAAUUCCGAGACGACUAUCAAAUCUAGCAUCAGCAUCAAUUCAUACUCAUCUUACUGAACACUCUGAAACCGACUCGAUUGCCAGUUUGCUACCAGAUGUAGAAAGUAGUGAUAAAUCAACCUUACAGCUACUUGUAACAUUGCUCAUGAAGGAUGAUCAGAAUCAAGUAGGUGAAGAUCGUAUUAUGUUUAAGCAUCAGAAUGUUGUCAUCCGGCAUUUAUGUUCAUUACUUGGUUACAAUCAAACAAAUCGAACAUUUACGUAUUCACCAAGUAGAUUGAGUCCUGUAUUUCAUGCUGUACUGUCAGAUUUACCUAAAGUUGUGGAUUAUAACUAUAGUCUUUGCACGAUAUUGUUGCCAAUAUUUUUAUCAGUACUUCAAUAUUCGACGUGUUCAAAUGCAACCGCUCAUUAUUUUGAAAAUGUAACCCAAACAAAUACACUAGGUAGAAUUGAUCCAAGUCUUCGAGAUUCAUGGCUCAUGGUUUUAAUUAUUAUCCUAUAUAAAUAUCAAUUUACUUCAUUUGCUACUACCAUUCAACAAUUAACUCGCGUUGCUAUGAAUACAAUAUUAAGUCGUUAUCAUCAAUGUGAAACACCUAUCUUUGGCAUCGGAGGACCAACAGGAGGUAGAUUAACGCCCAAAGUGGGUGGAUCGAGAAGAGGUUCAUCAAAACCGUUUGAUGAUAUUCGUGAAAUAGAGACAAAUGAAGUUGGAUCAAAAUAUUUUCAAAAUGGUGCAGGAGGAGAAUAUGACGAUGGUCAGUCGGACGUUACUGUAACAGAUCGACAACAUAAACAUAUCAAAUUACUAUCACCACCAAAGAAAAUGAAAACAAAAUUGUACAAACCCGAAAUUGAAUAUUUAGAUGAACCAUUUAGUAUUCAUACUGAAGAAGCAUUAGGACCUGUAUCCCAUAAGAAAGAGAAAGAUCGACGAGAUGGUUAUACAGGUUUUUUGAAAAGUUUCUUCGCAAGUAGUGCAAGUGGAACACCAGCUAGUGGAGCAGCGAGUACUGUGCCUAUCUCCAGUUCACUAGCGACAACAACCGAAAACAAAUUGAUAGAAGGUUCGGGUAUAUCAAAGUUAGAUUCAAGAAAAGGUGCCAAAGAACUUUCUCGUGUUAUCUAUUCAGCGGAAAAAGGACGACACGAAACCGUUUUACUUAAACCAAAAGAAGAUAGUCCACCUAAGAGUCCAAAAAUUCAAUCGUUAUCAUCAUCUGCCCUAGCCACAAUGGGUACAUCGACAACAAAGUUAAAGCCAAGCUAUCACAAGAAGGGUAAAUUUAAAGAUGAUGUAAGAUCAACACCACCCAGUCGUCCAGCUCGUAUAUCAUCGUCUCAAUUUCAUUUAAAAACGGGUGGUACAUUGCAUUCAUUGUCAUCCGGUCGAAAAACAGAUGUUGAUAUUGACGGAGAUGAGAAUAAUUUAAAUUCUCAAGUCUAUUUAACACCUCAAAAAUGUGAUAAAUGUGGAACAAUAAUUGAGAAUUAUUCUGAAGAAUGUAUUGGUUAUUGUAUCAUUGUUUGUUCAACUCUUAUUCAUCGUGAACCAGCAAUUGGUGCUCCUCUUCUCAUGGAUAUGAUUGAAACUAUUGGAAGGGUAGCUGCUGCUAACAUUUAUACGUGGCAAGUUAAUUCUAGUUAUGUUGUUCCAGCUAAUGCUCGAAGUAUCGCUCAACAAUUUAUUCGCUGUACAUUUCAUCAAUUGGCGGGAAAUAAUAUUUGUUAUCAAUUUUUUCAACAAAAUUUUAAAGAUGAAAAACUACUUCAUACAAUCGCACUAUCAUUGAAUGAUUUUAUCGAUUUCAGUUCAAUAAUAGCUCUCAAAUGGCUUUUAAAUGAUAUGAAUAAACAGAAAACAUUGAAUGUAGAUAUUUGUACGACUUUACUGAAAAAUAUAGCCAUAUUUAUGGAGUAUAUUCCAACUGAUUCUCCUGUUCAACUAUGGACCAGUGUUUUUGUUGAAUUUGAUUUGUUAUUCGAUAAAUUAAUAAAGGUCUAUGUCAAAGUACCAUCAGGUGUUGGUCAUGAUUUGACAAGUUGUAUUAAAAUUAUGAUGAUUAUUCUCAAAAUACCUGUUAUUGCCAAUGUUAAACUUGUUAUUGAUCCAUUUUCAAAAUUAUUAACAUUUAUUUUACAAAAUUCAGCAUUUCAAUUAGAACAUAUCAUUGAAUUAUGUUCACUCUCUAAUCGAGCUUUUACAAAGGAUCGUGAAAAAUUACUAUUACCACGUUGUAUUGUUAGUGUACUUGUUGAAGCAAUGUUACAUCGUUAUACAUGUCCCGAUCGAAAUUUAUUAUUAAUGAUACAAUUAAUUUUAUUGGAUGCUGGAGGAACAAUAUAUGCUUCGGCUAUUGUUGCUGAUGACGUUAGGGCCUAUGAUCCACAUAAUGUUGUAACAACUAAUGGUGCGGAAUGUAUGAAACAUUAUUUAAAUGAAACUGUUGCAUUUAUUGCUGAUAUACACACAAUAACAAAAGUGAAAAGUACAAUGAAAGAAAAAAGUGAAAAACAACAAUUGUCAAAUUUGACAGAAGAUACACUUGGUGGACAAUUGAAAGCCGGUUUAGCGCAAUAUCUUGCUUUGGAAUUUACUAAGGGUGGACAACGCGAUACAAAAGCUAUUAUUCGAUUUUUACCAUGGCUAUACAACCCGCCACCAUCGGUUCAACAAGGUGCAAAAGAAUUUAUCGAUUGUAUUGAUCGAAUACGUUUUCUCUCUUGGUUAAUGAUUGGUUCAUUGACACAUGCAGCUAUAACACGCAAUGAAGGAACAAUUAUUUGUCAUCCGAUACCCGUCGAUGCUUCACAAGCUAUUGCCGAUUAUAUUCUAUAUAUUCUAACAGGAUUUGCAGAUCAAUCUAAAACAAGUGUCAUUCAUAUGUCAUCGUUAUUUCACUCAUUUAUACUUUGUCAGUUAUGGACUAUGUAUUGUGAACAAGUAAAUCGUGGUCAUGAUCCGGAAGCCUUAGUAGCCAUAAUGGAUUUUUGGGCGAGAAUAACACCGGGAAUUCUACAUUUAUUAUCUCAUUCGAAAGUGGAAAAAGAGUAUACUCAUAAACAGAGAGAGCUUGCUGAAAUGGUCAAUCUUCAUUUUUUAAGUUUAAUCGAAGCACUACAAGAAAUUAAUUCGAUUGUUUUGGCUAAUCUAUUUGCAUUAUGGAUACCCGUUUUGUAUACUCAUCAAGCACAGUUACCAGCUCAUGUUCAAGUCCGUCUUCAAACAUGUCUUAAUCAUCAGCCUUCAUCAGAAACGCAAGGCGAUACACGAUUUAUGUACGCUAUACUACUAAAAUGGUUGAAUCGUUUACAAUUUAAAAUUGGUCAAAUAGAAACGCAAUCUUCUCAUGCUGCACAAUUCUACAGUUUAUAA